AUGCUGCGCGAAGCCUUCUUCUACCUCCUCGGAGGAGUCACCUUCCUCCCCCUCUGUCUUCUAGCGGUCGUGUUGCACUUCAAACUUAACGCGCCCUCUGGUAACCCAUCAGCUCAACCCAGUAUAGAUGCCGACAUCGAACUGACCCAUGAAAAGAAGCUCGCCGCCCUGGACCUGGCCGUGCGCAAUGCCGCCAUCCAUUCCGAGAUCGAAAAAGCCAAAGGCAAAGAUCGUCCCCAAGGCGAUGCUACUGCUCCUCCCACCGCCAAACGUCUCGGCGGUCCAGCUACUUCUUCCUCUCCCAAGCCUUUUUCCUCCGGCUGGCUGAUCGUUCGCCCCUCAUUCGAGUCCGAAAAGGAUGCCACCACUACCACCAGUCCAGUCACAGUCCCAGCCUUAUUGGUAGACAGCGAGUCAGAUGUCAGUCGAGCACAUUCAGAAGAUGAAGCCACUCCAGCCGACGCUGCUGAUCCAGCCAAGUCAGCUAUGCCCAACGCAGGAUCUGGGUACAUGUCACAAAUGUACAGAGGUAUCCAAAACUAUCGCAUAGGUAGAGCUGGUACCAAGAAACCGACCAACGACGCUGUCAGUGCUCGCUCGACAGCCACCCCUGCCGCUUCUAGUGCAACUCCGACAGGCACAGCUGGCAAGGAGAGCUUCUAUUGUAUUCUCAAAGCGCCCAUUCUCUACCUCUACUCUUCCGACGAUGUAUCCAGUCCUAAUACUGAGUGUCAUGCUGCUAUUGAUCUGCGCGGCAAGCGUGUCAGCCUCUUUGUCGCUGGUCUCGGCGAUACCCUCGGCGAACUCGACCUGGAACCACCCGCGAAAACACAUCCAGCACCCAGCACCGACGAUGAGCAGCUCAGAGACGCACCAUCUGAUCACCCAGCUUUUGACCCCAAGAAAGCAUGGAGCAAAGCAAAACGAGCCGUCGUCCGCGAUGGAGAGCUCUUUAUGAAGAGAAAUGCCAUCCGCAUCGUCGGUUCUGCUGUCGGUCGCGCAUCCAAGUCCAGUCGCAGGCGGCCACAAUGGUUCCUCUUCUGCAAGAACAACUACUUCAUGGAGGACUGGUACCAUGCGCUGCUCCAAGCUUCCCUCGUGCCUGAUCCGAGCGCUACCGCCCGUCCAUUCAACCACGCCCCUGACGAUCCACUAUCGCGCCUCUUUGGCAAUUUCGACGAUCCGAUCGGCCCUACCUUCUCGCAAGACGACAUGGCCUCGCUGCUCGUCUCGCUUGACAGCCUUCCCGAUCCGCUUCCAUUGCGCUGGCUCAACGCUCUCGUGGGCCGUAUCUUCUUCUCGGUCUACCGCACUGCAUGGCUCGAAGACUACAUUGUGUCCAAGAUGAUGAAAAAGAUGAACCGGGUCAAGACACCCGGCUUUCUCGGCGACAUCAAGGUCGUAGAAGUCGACGUUGGCCGUCGUGCUCCCGGCUUCAGCAGACCUAUGCUCAAAGCCCUUACGAAUGAGGGAGAGGCCAGCAUGGAGGUCGCCGUUCACUACGUCGGCGAAGUGCGUAUCACCAUCUCUACCACCCUUACCCUGUCCCUCGGCUCUCGCUUCAAACCCUACAACAUUCCGAUCGUACUGGCCAUUGUGCUCAGAUCCUUGGAGGGCAACUUGCUUCUUCACGUCAAGCGUCCUCCUAGCAACCGUCUCUGGUUUGGCUUCACUACCAUGCCCAAGAUGGAGAUCGACAUCGAGCCCGUAGUCAGCGAGAGGAAAGUGCAGUGGGGCAUGGUCACCCGUCUCAUCGAGAGCAGACUCAGAGAGCUUAUACAGGAGUCCAUCGUUGUUCCCAACAUGGACGACAUCUCCUUUUUCGACACGCGCUCGCUGCCUUUGCGCGGUGGCAUCUUUGCAGACGCGGCCAAGAAGUCAGACAUGCUCCAUACUGAGCAUCACAUUCCGUCAACCGUCCCAACUUCAGCAACGCCUGCUAAAGUGAUGGUCCAGCAAGAGCGGGAUGCUAAAAGCGCCACAAUGACCAUCAAGACCUCGGACUUGCCCAAGGCCAACAAAGUUGGCACCGCAAGCGCGCCCAUCUCAGGCACUGCAACACCUUUGACGCUCGAUCAAACUGGCGCUUCGCACGAUCCAGUAGUCGACCAGAGUGGCGAAGCAAGCGCGGUGAACACAAGUCUUGCGCCUACCGGCACUCUUCGAAAUCGCAAAGAGCCUACAACUGCACUCAAGGAGUUGUCAAUGCAGACAGCUCGCACAUCAUCCCCGGCCGCUGCAGGUCUUAGCGAUCUAUUGAACCGAGAUCUAGCAGCAAGCGGCGGGAAUCUGAGCGGCUCGCCUCCCCGACAAGACUCACAAAGCAGCAAGCGCAGGACGUGGUUCGGCGCUGGACCCAAAUCGUCCAUCUCCAGCAUCGGCUCUUCGUCCGGUCUCUCGACGCUCGGGCUGAGCGCUGCGACUCUGGGCGGUAGAUCGAGUAGGGAGCAAAGCAGCCUGGCGCUUGGCAACGCCAGCAUCGAACGUCCUUCGCAGCGCCCUCACUCGGCCAGCAUUUCCGGCAAGAGCGAUACGACUCUCUCUGUUCCUGGAGAUGCGUCAACGCGAACAGUUGCUGACCCUGCAGUCCGGCCUGCGUCGGUCCUUUCCGCUCCGACGUUGUCGACAAAUGACCUUGACACCGUGUCACACCAAGUCGAGGACACAAUGCUCCCAUCCGCUAUUGCCGGCGUUCGUCUGAACUCAGAAAGCUCGCAUGAUGCAAAUUCAGAUGGCCCUGCUGUCAGUCUCAAUUCGGACAGUGUGACCCCUUCGUUGAUCAUCUCGAGUGCGUCUGAACCAGUGCCUUUCACAGAAGCCGAGAACCCUACUGCAUCCGCUCACAGCACGAGAGCGACACUGGAAGCGCCACAUAGGGAAGACGAUGACCGAGAUCUCGUCGACAGCCCCUCAAGCCUCACUUACAGCGCAAAGUCCUCCGUUCGUAGCUUAAGGUCCGAUGCUGUUUCUCCAGACGCGAGGCAGAACAAUUCUGGGGACUCAACUACAGCAGGAUCAGCAGAAGUGCUCAGCGACCCAAACUCUGCCGCUGCUUCACGCCGGAGCUCGAGAGGCGCUGAUGAGCAACGUGCCGCUGUCAACACGUCCAAUGCCUGCGCUCACAAAACUAUGCCGCCACUGCCUCCACCGCGCAAGCCUGUUGGCUCCUUAAGGGAAGAUCGUCCUAUUCCACGACAAGAUGCCGCAUCUGCACUCUCGAACGUACAGCGCAGUCGAUACAGUCUUGUUGAAGGGAAUCGUGGAACAAAUGAGGCUCCAAGCGCACUCGCAAGCUCCACUUCGGCGAUGCUUUUGACGUCGUGGAACAAAGCCAAGGCUAGCAUGGCGGACAAGGAAUCGAGACAGGCGGCCGCGCGAGAUGCAAAGGACGCCAUCAAACGCGGUUGGGCAAAUUGGAAUACCAAGCGCACCGAAGCUCGUCGUGAAACGCAAGCGGCGGACGAGGAUGGCGACGAGCAUUACGAUCAGGCCGGCAUGACUCGCUCACAAUCUAGUCGCUUGUCGCUUGUGCCUGGCAGAUCAGCAUGGCUCGCCAGCAGUCCGCCUGACCCUACCAGCUUUGGCCUCGGCUUCGACAAGUCGAGUCCAGAAGACACACGCAGUGCGGCUCGUGACAAGCGCGCCCCGGCGAACCACUAUGCCAAUUUUCGUGCCAACCUUACUGACACGGAUGAUGACAAUGCCAGCGUGCAUUCUAACUCAAGCAAUCGACAGCCGUAUCGCGAGUUGAGGGCGUCUAAGAAAGUGCAUGGUUUUGACAGCAGCUCUGCAGACCGCGCAUCCUCCGGUUUCUCGUCGAAACUCACAUCAGCCGUGUCGGUCUCAACUGCAGCGUCCACAACGUCUCCCGGGGAUGCGUCAGGCUGGUCUGGUACGUGGGAUGCGGACGUGCCUUCGCUGGCUCCCCCGGCACUCGCCUUCCGCAACGAGCGCGACGAUGAACUGGGUGCCGAUACGAAGCGGCACACUUUGGAAAGGUCGCUCAGCCGGGAGACAUGUACCAGCGUUUCCCCACGGGCGUUGCCACAGCGGAAACCGAGCAGCAGCAUCCUGUCGACAUCGCAGAGCAGCGGCGGUUUGUCGUUCAUUCCACCGGCACCCGCGGCAACGACCGAGCUUGCAUCUGCAUCUGGCUUGUCCGACAGCGACGUUGCACCGACCAAGCCUGAGACUGCAGCGAGCGCGCAAAUUUCUGACACGAAACUCGACUCUGCUCUUGGCACUGGCGUUGUUUCGGAGCGGCGAACGCCCGAGCGCGCAAAGGUCGAGGAAAGCAAUAGCCCUUUGCAACACACGGCUUCGUGGAACCCAAGCCGGGUCUCUGAGCAACAAAAGCAUCCAGCUGCUCAAGGCGAAGCGUCUGAGAUGGGAUCGGCGUCGAGCCAGACGACAAAGACUGGCAACAAGCAUGAUAGGGACAGCCAGGAUCCGAAUGAUAGUCUAGGCGAAGCGGGGGCGCAAGAGAAACGCGUCGGUGAGACUGAGCAGCCCUAUGUUGCUGUCCCUGCACAGGUAUCUUCGCCAAGCCUCGGAUCGGAGCGCAUCAAGAAGCAACCUGGCCGAGCCACGAUGAUGGCGGUACCUGGGAUUCCGUCGAUGCAGAAGGCCGGUCCGCAGAGUUUCAGUGCGCCUGCACCGCCCGAACCAGUUGCAUCGAGGAGCGAUGCAGAAACUUCACCGAGCGCGUUCAGGGCUAGCUCGCUGUUCAAGAUGCCCGUGUUUGCAAGUCCCGUGUUGACAAGUGGCGCUGGAAAGAACACCAGCUUCGGUGGCAAGCCGAGCGAUGUGGCGACGGCAAUGGCACCAGGUGUCGCCGAGCCGCCGGGCAAACCAGACACCUCGAGUUCUUGCGCUGCCUACAGAGGCGGAUAUUGCGGCAGCAGAAAGACCUGCGAGCGCGCUCGGGCUAACGCAAAUGGACGAGCGUGCACAGUAUGCCGUCGACACGGAUGA